CCAAAACGCUCUUCUUCGUCUUCGAUAGUAGCGCCGCUCCCUCCUCUGUCUCUCAGUUACUACUCCAAUGGCACCGAAGAAGGACAAAGUUCCACCACCAUCCUCAAAACCAGCGAAAUCUGGAGGCGGGAAGCAAAAGAAGAAGAAGUGGAGCAAAGGAAAGCAAAAGGAGAAAGUGAACAACAUGGUUCUCUUCGAUCAAGCAACUUACGACAAGCUUCUCUCUGAAGCUCCCAAGUUCAAACUCAUCACUCCUUCUAUCCUCUCUGACCGUCUUCGCAUCAAUGGAUCGCUUGCUAGGAAGGCCAUCAGAGAUUUGAUGGCUAAAGGAACGAUCAGGAUGGUCUCCACUCACUCUAGCCAGCAGAUUUACACUAGAGCUACCCACAACUAAGUUCCCUUUCAAUGUUUUACUUGUGUUUCUCAAGUCAGUGUCUAAAUGUUUAUCCUUUUUCUUUCUUUCAAGCUUGAGUUUGGAUUGUGCUUCUCUUAUUAUCUCAAAAAAGAUUUUAUAAGUUUUCUCCUGCCUUUCUUAGUUAAGUGUUUACAGGUAAUAGCUGUAACGAUUACACAAGUUUUAUGAUACAAAUAAGUGAUAGACUUGAUAUUUUAGGACCUGCCAAAAUCUUACAUGAUAUCUAGUAGACUAGUAUUGGUGUUUCUUGUCUAUAAGUUGUAAUGAUAACGAGGAUGGUUGUUCUGGUUUCCUACC